AUGUUCCCCCCCAGCUGCCCACCGGCAUGCUUGAAACGGAAGACCUCAAGUACCCAUUCCACUUCCAACAAGCGGGUCCGGCUCUCAGGAGUUUUCUCUCCCCGCCUCAUUGUCCCCACCGGAGCUCGACGUUCUAUAUGGGAUUGGACCAAACCUCCCCGGUUUAUCCUCGAUCCUGUUGCAGUACAGGGAGCCAAACGGACCCUCGCCGAGGAUGAGGACAUAUAUACACCGAGCAAUUGUAAAGUACGCCUACUAGACAACCGAGAUGCCCUCUUCCUGCCCGGUUACAAAAGGCUCCAAACCAAGAAGCAACGUAAGCGGAGCUUAUCCACCUCGUCGCCGUCCAAGAAGUCCCUCGAGGUUGUGAGGCUAAGGAGACGGGAGCAGUUCAAACGCCAGCUACAACGUGUAGAUUCAGGCAUUUGUAUGGAUUCUGAUGAGGACCUUGACCUUGAUACUGUUGUAGAGAAUAUCAGUCCAUUUGACGGUUUCGCUUUCACUGGCGUGAUCGUCGAUAUGACCGAGGCCAUGGAGGCUACCGCUACAACUACGGAGGGGGACGAUAUGGAUAUUGAGGACGCUAUCAUUAGUACGGAUGCCACCACCACUGCCGCUUCAAGCGAGGGUGUCACUGAUUCCGGCUCGGUCUCGGCGGAGCAGGCUACUUCUAGCUCGAAGGAAGAGGAUGAGGUCAAGGAUAUGGUGGUGGAUGAGGUCAAGGACAUGGUGGUGGAUGAGGUCAAGAAAGAGGAAGUAGAAGAAAAGGAAGCACCCAAAGAAGAAAACGAAGAGGUAAAGGAAAGGGAAGAAGAUAGGGAUUCAGGCAUCGAUGUGGAACUCUCAGACGCCGAAAAAGAUCCGGAACAAAAAGAAGUCGACGAACAGCUCUCACCUAAGGAGACCCCUGUCAAGGAGAAAGCACCCAAGAGGCUGAGUAUUGAGGAAUUGGUAACAUCAACCAAGUCAACUGUCAAGAAGGAGGAAGAAGAAGCAGACGAUGAGGAUGAUGAACCACCGAGAAGGUCAACACGUAGAAGGUCGGUAAAGCCUUCGAUUCUCCCAACAACUGUCGAGGAAGAGGAGGAAGAAGAGAAAGAGGGAGGCGAUCUAGCAAAUCGAAGGCCAUCCAAGUCCACAAUUAAAGAAGAGGAUGAGGUAGAGAGCGAGAAGGAAACCGAGAAGGAAGAGAAAAAAGAAAAGAAAAAACUAUCACGACGCAAGGCCAAGGUCGAGGAGGCAGAUUCUGAGGCAUCCGAGAACGAAGAUGAGAAGAAGCCAAAGAAGAAAGUGGUCAAGGAAGAGGUAAAAGAAGAAACAAAGGAAGAAGUAAAGGAAGAAGUAAAGGUUGAGGUAGAGGAGGAGGAGAAAAAGGUGGAGAUCGUCGAGACAGACAAGAUGGAGGAGGACACAGAAGAGGUUCUACGUCACAUCUUGGAAGACACCGAUAUGAGCACAGACGAGGAUUACGUUCCAGCUGUCGAAGAACAGAUACAAUCAAUCAAAGACUCGGUUAUCGUCGACAGCCACGUCGAAGAGGAUGUGACAAUGAGCGAAGACGAAGACAUGGCUGAGCAAAUCAUCGAAGAUAUCAGCGCAGAACAACUACAAAAUGAGGCCAAACAAGAGAUUCAUUCUCAGACAAACAAAGCAGAAGAGUCCAAAGACAUCGAGACCACUGAUGUAGUCGUCGAAGACUCUCCUCCUCAAGUCCCCACCAUUGAUGUCAAGAAGACAGUAAGGCGUCUAGUACUUGCGCCAACAAGGUUGGAUGAAUUUGAGAUCUCAAAAAUGAUUUUAUCAGCACCCAAAACCCCGAGAACACCUCGGAGCCCGAGUAUAUCUCGUUUUAACAUCACCAUGUCUAAAGCACCCCGCAAGCUUGAACCGAUUCUCUCUCCCAGAAGGAAGAAGUUUGGCAAAUCCGAAGAUCUCACCCCUCAUUGGACGGCGAAGAGACUGGCCGCCAAAAAAAGACAGUUCCUGCCAUUCAACCCCGCAAAUAUCUCAAGACAUGCGUACAGAGAUCCCAUCAGCGAUGAGGAUCAUUUGACAACGCGCAAAAGCUUUUGGGAGGAUGAAGACGUAGAAGAUGUGUAUGUCGAUGACCAAUAUCUACGUGUGGACUGGCCUCUCAAGACUUGGGGUGGCAACUGGAUGGCCGAAAAUGGAGGUGCAUUGAUCGAGUUUUGUGUUAGGAAACUUGAGGGUUUCAACAUGGCUUGGUAA